ACGAUUGAAGCCACAAUUUUCGACCAUGUGAAGACGGAGAAGACGAUCUAUCCGUAUCCGUAGCACCCCAAUGACCCCAUAUGCCUCGCGACGUCCAUGGCCCCUCUAAUGGGUCGUUCUCAUAUAAAUCCCAAGAUAGUCGCCGACGGAGGGUUAUCCGCAAGUUCCUGUAUUGACUGACCUCAUUUGAAGCAUCUUAGUGAUCUUGCCAAAUAACCGCGCUUCUGCUUUCAACCUUGGGCGAGAAUACCACAACCAUGUUCUGGGGCCCCAAGUCUGUGUCCUUCAAUCCGGCGAAGGACAUCCCACCACUCACUGACAAAGUGAUCCUCGUAACCGGGGCCAACGUAGGCCUGGGCAAGCAAGCCGUUCUCGAAUUCGCCCGCCAUCACCCACGCUUGAUAUGGCUCGGAGCGCGCAGCGUUCAAAAGGGGAAUGCGGCCGCCGACGAGAUCAGGAGACAAGUCCCUGGCGCCCCGAUCCGGGUCCUCGACAUCGACCUCGCGUCCUUCGCCUCGGUCAAGAAAGCCGCCGCCACCGUCAUCUCAAACUCGUCCCGCCUCGACAUCCUGAUGCUUAACGCCGGCAUCAUGGCCACAGCGCCGGGGCUGACGGCCAACGGCUACGAGCUCCAGUUCGGGACCAACCACAUGGGCCACGCGCUGCUGUUCAAGCUUCUCCUGCCGCUGCUCAACAAAACCGCCACGGGCAGCGAGGACGGCGGGAAUCCGGACAAGAUAACCGACGUGCGCGUCGUCUCGCUCACCUCCAAGGCGCACAACCUACCCGCCAAGGGAGGCAUCAACUUCGACUCGCUCAAGACGCCGGGUGAAAUGCUCGGCACGACGGCGCGGUACGGGCAGAGCAAGCUGGCCAACCUGCUGUGGGCGCGGCAGCUGGCGCGGGCGCACCCGCAGCUCACGGCCGUGUCGGUGCACCCGGGCAUGGUACAGACGGAGCUGUGGGACAAGACGACGGGGGCGUGGAGCAUCCUGCAGCCCGCCUUGAGGGGAUUCAAGAAGCUGCUCCCGACCAUCGAGGAGGGCGCCAAGAACCAGCUCUGGGCGUCCGUGUCCCCCGACGUACGCAGCGGCGAGUACUACGAGCCCGUCGGCAUCCCCGACCUGGCGAGCGCCCUCGGCAAGGAUGACGAGCUCGCGAGGAGGCUGUGGGAGUGGACCGAGCGGGAGCUUGAGGAGCAUGUGCUAUGAGUCUGACCAAGUAUGGGCC